GUUAGAUGCAUUUGCUCUGCACCUCCUAUCUGGCAAGCAUAUUGGGUGCCCGAAAAUGAUGGAUACCCCAUUGUCCCUCAGUGUCAUACCUCUUACCAUAUAUACCGUGGGGCCUAAACGGUGGAUAAAAUGGUUGAGUGAAAGGGUUGGCACACCCAUGACCUGUCUACCACUGUGGAUGUGCACACAGUCAUCUCUGCUUUGUGAGUGAAGAAGUGUCUAGGGUCCGCGGCACCCGGACAAGGCCAGUGAAAGAAAACAGAGACAAAUAAAAAUAAAAGUUACUCCGUAUCUUUAUAAUACAUACAAGUUUUCUGAAGUUGCGGUGCUUGAUCAUGUAUGGUGGCUUGAAAUUCGUGGGGAAAUAAGUCCAAAGAUGCUGUCACCGGGCACCAAUUACGGGGCUUACCUUGUGUUCUCACUGAAAUCAAAUGCAUAUGGUUUUAACAACGUACCCAUAGACGCUUCAGUCGGGAUUAGCAGACAGGAGGCUAAAACAAGAACUGUUUAUCUGGGAUUCAAAAGAAGCAGGGCAGGUCCAUGUGCGCGUGUGAGGCUAUCACCUGCCGUAAUGAGACACAACACGAGCCCACCAUCAGAUGAGGAAAAUGCAAAUACUGGAUAUGUGAGGCAGAGGAGUGAUCAUUGGAUGGAAGUUGAAUUGGGGGACAUUUUGGUCACUGGUGAAGAAGAAGAAGAAUGUAUUAUUGAGAUGAGUUUUAUGGAGGUUAGGGGAGGUAAUCAGAAGAGUGGCUUAGUUGUGCAAGGGAUUGAGAUCAGGCCCAAAGAGGCUAUGUCUUCAUAGUGUUUAGAACUCUAGCUUAAAAGACAUUUAUCUUAGUCUCAUUACAUGGACUGCAUAUUUGCAGAAAAAGAAGAGGAAGAAGAAGAUUGAAGAAAAUAGGAUGAAGUCCAUUCUAGUGGAUCUUAUUAGUGUUAGUGUCUCCAAGUUUGCUUGAGAAAUUAUUGGUGGCACAAUGAUGGGAGUACUCUCUUGGUCGAUGUAGUGGCGUAAAACUUAGUGGUUAGUGGAUGAUAAUGUAUUUCUUGUUUAGAGUAGGCCACAUGUUUCAUUUAUUUAGUAAAUAAUUAGUUUUUGCUUAG